GUAAGCAACAACCACCUAGCUCAGCUGCACUAGCUACCUAGUAGAAAGAACUAGCAAGCUAAGCAGCCAUGGACGAGUACUUCUACCAUUCUCUGCUCCUCGCGGUCGCCGCCGUCACGCUGCUGCAGCUGUUGAAGGUAGCCAUGAGGCCGAGGGCGCGGUUGCCGCCGGGCCCGUGGAAGCUGCCGGUCAUCGGCAGCAUGCACCACCUCGUGAACGUGCUGCCGCACCGCGCGCUCCGUGACCUCGCCGCCGUGCACGGUCCGCUCAUGAUGCUGCGGCUCGGCGAGACGCCGCUCGUGGUGGCUUCGUCCAAGGAGACGGCGCGCGCGGUGCUCAAGACCCACGACACAAACUUCGCCACGCGCCCCAAGCUCCUCGCCGGCGAGAUUGUUGGGUACGACUGGGCCGACAUCCUCUUCUCCCCCUCCGGGGACUACUGGCGCAAGCUACGACAGCUCUGCGCUGCCGAGAUCCUUAGCCCCAAGCGCGUCCUCUCCUUCCGCCACAUCAGGGAGGACGAGGUGAUGCUUCGGGUGGAGGAGGUCCGCGCGGCGGGGCCGUCAACGCCGGUGAACCUGACCGUGAUGUUCCACACCUUGACCAACAGCAUUGUGUCGCGGGCGGCGUUCGGCAAGAAGCGCAAGAACGCACCGGAGUUCCUGGCGGCCAUCAAAGCCGGCGUCGGCCUGUCGAGCGGCUUCAACAUCCCGGACCUGUUCCCGACGUGGACCACCGUGCUGGCCAAGGUCACCGGCAUGACGCGCAGCCUCCAGGACAUACACAGCACGGUGGACUCCAUCCUGCAGGAGAUCAUUGAUGAGAGGAAGGCCAUCCGCGACGAGAAGAUCAAGAGCGGCGCCGAGAACGUUGAGGAGAACCUCGUCGACGUGCUCAUCGGUCUGCAGGAGAAAGGCGGCUUCGGCUUCCACCUCAACAACAGCAGAAUCAAAGCCAUCAUACUGGACAUGUUCGCCGGAGGGACGGGGACGUCGGCGUCGGCGAUGGAGUGGGCGAUGUCUGAGCUGGUGCGGAACCCGGCGGUGAUGAAGAAGUUGCAGGGUCAGAUCCGGGAGGCGUUCCCUGGGAAGACCGCGGUGACGGAGGAGGACCUGCAGGCGAGCAACCUCCGGUACCUGAAACUGGUGAUCAAGGAGGCGUUGCGGCUGCACCCGCCGGCGCCGCUACUGGUGCCACGGGAGAGCAUCGAGACGUGCGAGCUGGAUGGUUACACUAUCCCGGCCAAGUCGCGUGUCAUCAUCAACGCGUUUGCCAUCGGCCGCGACCCCAAGUACUGGGACGACGCCGAGGAGUUCAAGCCGGAGCGGUUCGAGGAGGGCACCGUCGACUUCACCGGCAGCAGCUACGAGUUCCUGCCGUUCGGCUCCGGGCGGAGGAUGUGCCCUGGCUUCAACUACGGGCUCGCCAGCAUGGAGCUCGCGCUCGUGGGGCUGCUCUACCACUUCGACUGGUCCCUGCCGAAGGGCGUCAAGGAGGUUGACAUGGCAGAGGCACCCGGCCUCGGCGUGCGCCGCCGCUCGCCUCUGAUGCUCUGCGCCACCCCGUUCGUCCCGGCCGCCGCUGCCACCAACUAGCCUUGGCUACAUAUAUCUCUGCUUCUGUUUAUCUCAUCCCAACGUAGCUAGGUGGCCGCGUUACAUGCAUGCUACCAUGCAUGCGCUCGUGCUGGCCACGUACUGCUACCAUGGGCACGUGUGUUGUAGUACUUCCAUCCAUCUAUUUAGCGCGCUGCAAGUGCUCUAUAGUGUGUCAAGUGUUCACUCUAUUGGACGUACGUACGUCAUAAUCUGCGACGUGUACUGUAAUACGUUUGUACUUGUAUAGGUGUGUCGUGCCGUAAUAAUUGUCAUCCAUUGUUGUCAAUAAUAAAUCCGAAAACGGCCAUUGUUGUCAAUAAUAAAUCUGAA